AUGGACCGUGUCACAGCGGAUCUUCUUUGUGCGACAAGAUACGCAUGCGUUCGCCAUGGACCUUGGCCGCCUCGGCGAGUCGGGCGGAGAUACCAUUGUACGUGCCGACCCGGUUACGAAAGACGAGCAGGGGCUCAAAGACGCCACGUCCGAGAGAGGGGGUCAGGUUGUGGUCCAUUGAAUGGAGUCGUUUGUUCCUGCCUUCAGCGAGGGGUGGAAUCCGCUCGCGCUCGAGUUGAGGUUCAGGUGGGAACUCCAGUCAUAAUCCCCCGUCAUCCGCAAUCUGCAGCAUGUGUUUUGCCCUUCGCCCGGUGGGGCCAACCGAUGACCUCUACUGCGGGGUUCGACUGCCGACGGAUAUGGACCUCAAGUUGUACGACGUACAGGGCCACCCUGCUGUGUUCCGCGACUCGGAACCAGAGUACGCGCGGCGUGCCUUUGGGGACACGAACGACUGGCCUGUACUUUGUACUACAUGUAUGUGGCCAGCUAGUGCCAACAGCCCAACGUGAGAAGGAGUGA